AUGCCCCGCAAAGACGACCCGGUGCAGAAAGAUUCACAGGAGAAACGGAAUCUGAUGGCUGCUUUAUCCCACGCGCAAACCGAAGCAAGAACUCUCCAACGGCAGAUGGAGGACAUGAAGCGGGAACUCCGAGGUGCUCGUGAAGCCUUGGCCAGGGAGCAGGCUAAGCGAGAAGAGGACCGUCACCUUCUCAACACGCGCGGUGAAGAGCUCCGUAAUGCCCAAGCAUUCCUCACCAGAGCCGAUGCGUAUUCGUAUGCCGAUAUCAAGGCCAUGAUCGAUGCCUUGAACUCGGAAAUCAUGCAGCUCGCGUCCUACAUGUCAGAUACACUGCGCCUUGAACAGAGCCAGUUGGAUCCCUCCGAUGAGGAUACGUCGAACGCGAUCAGCCGGGAAAAGCACAUGCUUGGUGAUCGCAUGGUUUUCCUUCUAGGCACAAGAGAUAACCAAGACCUGCGUGAGGUCGCCUUGCUGUGCUCGCUGCAGGCAGUCAUGGUCCGUACGUGCAACAGUAUGAUCAGGCGUUGGCACAGAGAGGCAAAAAUACACGACAUCUACUCUGAGUUGUACCAGGAUGUCAAAGACAGUAAUACCCCAGCUGUCGCCGGACGAUGGAGGGCCUUGACUCGAGCACAGACCAAGUAUCGCCCCGAGGAAGAUGUAGAGGAUCUAUGCAGUCGACUGCUCUUGAGCCAUCUUUGGUCCGUUUUGCAGAUCGCUGGCUGGACGACAUCCGAUGGGAGGUCAACGAUUGAAAAGGAUUUCGGGGCCCGAAUAUCGGAGAUAUCCAAGCUCAUGAAACAGGUGGACCAAGCCAUGAACGAGGGUAUCACGUCUGAGGAUCUCGUCACAUAUGUCAUUCAGCCCGAUGUUCGUUUUGAUCCCACGAUCAUGGCCGAUGAAAAUCAGGAUUCGCAGGCGGAGAUGGUCACGGAGGACGCGGUGACUGUAGCGUGCACCACUGAACUUGGACUGAAGGUGUAUAAUGAGGAUUCAUUAUCGGAUGAUGUACGGGAUAUCAGAAUGACGGUAUUGAUGAAACCCAAGAUCAUCCUAUGGGCCUCGAUGGUGUCUUGA